AUGGUCGGGUCGCUCACAGGUGUGCAGACCGCAGCUGAGGAGCUUGCCGCAGACGAGGGGACACUCGUGCAGAUCGCUGUCGCCCUCGAUGUCGAGAUCGGAGAGGUCGGUGAGGUGACGGCGUCCCUUGCGCUUCGCCUUCCACGACAAGGGGCAACAAACGCGGCGGCACUCGUGGCGACCACAGUUCCUGAGGGCGUGGCAGACACGGUCACAGAGGAAUUCGGUGUCCCCAGCCUCGACACGCUCGCGCACCUGGUCGCAGUCGAGCUCCAGCAUGGACUCACCACAGCGGCAGGGACGCGUCACUGUCUGAUGACAGGGAGGACAGGGGCCAGUGUGACAACGGAGCGGGCAUUCGUGACCACACGGGCGGGUCUUCGGGCACGAUUGCCCACAUGUUGGGAUCGGCGCCUGGCAGUCCGGACGCGGAUACCCUGGAAGCUCGGAGAGCGGGGUCGCACCGCAGGGGCAUCGCGUGAUGACGACGGGAGAAGUGGGACACGGCGUUGGCGAAACAGAGUGCGGGUGGCAGCCCUCGGUACACGAGUGUACACCGCACUCGUACAUCUUGCCGCACGUGCGCUCACAGGCGAAUCUGCCAACCCAUUGCUCAUCCUUCGUCGCACACAGUUUCUCAUCCUGCAGAUUCCAGCCGCAAGGGACGACCUUCUCGUCCUCACCACAAUAGCAGCGCACGGUCUCGACCUCGUCACAGGGCGGGCACGGACCGAAGUGACACAGCUGAUCACACUCGUGCUUGCCACAGUUGCGCUUCUUCGUGCACGGCUCGUCGCAGACAGGAGUCAAAGCAGCAUUGUUCGCGUGAGUCGCCGAGCACUUGACAGUCAAAGCCGAGCCGUGGCUGGGACACUGGACGACUAA